AUGGAAGCACGAGAUGCAACAUUCACAGCAGAUCCAUUUAUUUUGCAAGAUAUAACCGGUGCAGGUGAUGCCGUUCCAGAUCCAACACCAGAUGGAGAUAGUGAAGUUGACAUCAAUUAUUAUAGAAAUAUUGACAAUGUAAUAUACAAUAGUGUCAGCGAAGAAACUUGUGCCAAUGGUAACCGCAUAGAAACUUGUGACAGUUGUUAUUAUAGAGGAUAUGGUGAAUGGGAUAAUAUUGAAAUCCCAUAUACCAAAGUUAACCUUCCUACAGAAUGGCUAUUGAAGGGCCGAUUUGGUAAAAAUGGGAAACGGCAUCUAAUUAUGUUAGGCGUAAUUAAAUUCCUUCAUGAAAAGAAUUUAUUUUGA